AUGCUGAGGAGCUGCGGGAAGAAGCUGCUCCUCUCCCUGCUGGGCUCCAUGCUCACCUGCUUCCUGGUGCUGGUGGUGGACCAGCAGCGGGGGCAGGUGCUCAGCCUGGGCGGCGGCGGCCCCGGGUUGCUGCUGCAGCCCUUCGACAGCGGCCGCGACGCCGCCGCGGCCGCCGAUGGCGCGCAGGGCUUGCUGCGGCAGCUGCGCGCUGCAGGGUCCGCGGGGCAGAGCUUCCAAGAGAUCCGGAGCUUCACCGAUUACUUCACCAAGCUGACCCGCGGCAAGAGGGAGGCCGAGCGGUCGCCUGCCGGCGGCGGCAGCCCGGAGGCGCCGCGACCUCCGCUGGAGCAGCUUGCGCCCCGGGACGUCUUCAUCGCCGUCAAGACCACCAAGAAGUUCCACCAGUCCAGGAUGCAGCUGCUGCUGGAUACGUGGAUCUCCCGCAAUAAGGACAUGACAUUCGUCUUCACGGAUGGGGAGGACCCGGAGCUGAAGACAAGGACAGCAAACGUCAUCAACACCAACUGCUCGGCUGCCCACAGCCGCCAGGCCCUGUCCUGCAAGAUGGCGGUGGAAUACGACAAGUUCAUCGAGUCCGGGAGAAAGUGGUUUUGCCACGUGGACGACGACAACUACGUGAAUGUGCGGAUGCUGCUGAAGCUGCUCUCCAGCUAUCCUCACACGCAAGACAUUUACAUCGGGAAGCCGAGCCUGGACAGACCCAUCCAGGCGACGGAGAGGAUCAGCGAGAGCCAGAUGCAUCCGGUCCACUUCUGGUUCGCCACAGGUGGUGCCGGUUUCUGCAUCAGUCGUGGCCUGGCACUGAAGAUGAGCCCAUGGGCAAGCGGGGGCCACUUCAUGAGCACCGCAGAAAUGAUUCGGCUCCCGGACGACUGCACCAUCGGGUACAUCAUAGAAUCGGUGCUGGGGGUGAAGCUCACCCGGAGUAACCUCUUCCAUUCCCACCUGGAGAACCUCCACCAGGUGCCCAAGUCGGAGAUUCACAAUCAGGUGACCUUGAGCUACGGAAUGUUUGAAAACAAUCGCAAUGCGAUCCACAUGAAGGGGGCUUUCUCCGUGGAGGAGGAUCCGUCCAGGUUCCGCUCCAUCCACUGCCUGCUGUAUCCGGACACGCCAUGGUGUCCCCAGAACGUCGCUUACUAAGCGGCAGGAGGCCCCCCCUUCUGAACCUCGUCCCGAGACUCCCCGGUAUCCGAAGAGCUCGUGGGACCCCCGUGCUUGCGUGUGCGUGUCUCCUUUGCUGGAAAGCGACUGCCCCUUAAUUACUGUGGUUAAUUCACAGUGUGUGUACGUUUUGAUAGGCUGCUGUGUGGCCCCGAUCCCCUCCGCCCGCCCCAUCGCGCUCCUCGUGUGGCGGCGCCUGGGCUUCCCUGCCCUCUGUCCCUUUCAACCGGGCAGGAGUUCGUUCCACUGGCAGGACAAACCGGCUCGUAGGCCCUGACCUCUUGGGGAAGCAGCGGUGGCCGGAUCGCGGGGGCGAGGAGAGCCCUCCGUCAGCGACCCGGGCCUCUCGCCUGCUGCGCUUCGCCGUGCUCCUGCACAAAGCGUGGUGAUGGGCUCCCAUCUCACUGCUGCCUGGAUCCCGGCGCUUCCCUUUCCUCUUCCUUUCCACUUCCUCUUCCCUUUCCUCUUAAAAGUGUUAACUAGACGAGCAAGGCAAACACCCGGCAAAACUCCAGCCAAAAUGAAGCACUUUUAAAACAUGCGAACGGUCCUGGGAGAAGCUGAAGCUCGUGCUGAGGCCGCACCCCUGACGUUCGACGGGCUGCCGAAGCGCCCAACGCUGAGCUGGGCCACGCCGUAAACCUUUUCCGGUCUCCGUUUCUGCCUCUGUCGGUGAGAUCAGCCCCGGCGCAUUCCUUCUCGCCGCCCCGUCUCUGCUUCUGAGACUCCGGAUAACUUUUCAGAUGAAGGUUUACAGACGCCCGUGUGUGCCCCUGUUGCUGUGAGUGUGUUGUGGGUUCCCCUCUGGAAUUCUUCCCCGUCAUUAUUGUGUGUGUGAGAUUUAAGUGCCCUUUGAGUUACAGAGGGCCGCUUUUCUGAAAUGUCUUGUUUGAGAGCUGGCCUCUUGGAUCCCCAGCUUUUAACGUUGCACGGAAGGGAGAGAAGCCCUGGCGUGGAGGCAGACCCUGGCAUUCUCCACUGCCUUACCGGUGUAAUUCCUCCAACACCCCCAGCUGUGUUGCACUACAGAUCCCAUCACCCAGCCAGCUGGGGAUGAUGGGGACUGCAGUCCCACACACCUGGAGGGGGCAAGUUGGGAUGGCUGCUGUGACUGGUACCUACACACUUUUACUAGGCUAUAUUUGCCCGCUGCCCCAUGAGCACAACGGGACUCUUUGCAAGAAAACCUGCAUAGAAUUGUACUGUUAAGUCCCGAGAGCCUUGGGGGUGGGGGGGGGACUCGGAUUCAGCGAUUAGCCAGAUGAGAUGUGCCCGGUGUUGCUUUCCAGAGAUGGCAGUACAGUGGCCAAGAGCGGAAGUCACAUACCAGGAAGUCUCCCGCUCGAAUCUCGCGUCUGCUGGGCCUUCACCUUGGGGAAGCUGCUCACUCUCAGCCUCAGUCCUUCCAGCUCCAGGACGGGCGCACGAACACUCCUGGGCCAGCCCUCCAGGGGCGCCACAAGGGACGGCAACGGGCCAUGCGCAUGAAGUCCUUGGAUCGGCGCGAGGACUUUACCAAGGUGACCGAGAGCCACAUGGAGGAGCAGGAACUGCCCAGUGGGAAGUGCAACCCUGGGUGCUCGCUCUUGAGCCAAGGUUGGUCAGCCCAGGAUUGUGGUCCAGGACAGCAGGCCGGCUGAUGAGCUUCUGCCAGCGUUGUCUGCAUGAAGGGAAAGGCGUGCUUUCUUGUCCUUGCAGUCUCUCCAAUGCAAAGCUUGCCCCCUGGAGGCUCGGCCUCUGGCUUCCCACACUGCCAUCUCCCUUCGGUGCAACACCUCUGCCCACAUCUGGUUUCUUCUGGGGCAUUUUGGUGAUAAAUUUCCGACAUGCCGCCUUCAGUCGCUGCGGCUUCGCUGUUGGAGGGAUGUGAGGCGGCAUGUGUGAACCUUUAGCAUCUAAAGGCCGACAGCCCAGUCCAGGCAACCCCAAGAGCUGGGCAGGUUUGCAUGCGGACAGGCGCAAACCUGACCAGCGCUCUGCUUCUCGGAGCCCUGGGCAGGGAAAGAGAGCUGAGGCAUUCCUUUCUGAGUGAAAAGAAUAGCCCAUACUGGGUAACGAUUGUAAAUAUCUUACUGCAACAGUGUUAUUUACUGUGCUUUUUUUUGCUAAAACUGAGGGCUAUGUAACUUUGUAAAUGGUGGAUUAAAAAAAAAAUUCUGUGGAUCAGAAAAGGAAAAAAAAUAACAUACUAUGUUUGUGAUGGAAGAAGUCUUUUGUAACUAUCACUUACCCUUAAUUUAUAUGUCCCAGUAUCUGGGAUAUCAGUUUCUUGUUUGUUUGUUCAUUUGUUCUUCCAUAAAGUAGCAUAUUGUGGGGGUGUUUUGUUCUGUUUUUGAUUUUUUUUUUUUUUUUUUUAGAGGAGAAAUAGGGUGGGACAGAAAUAACAAGGAAACGUAUUCUCAGGGAAUUAAACCUGAUUGUUACCAUCUGUGGUAGCCAUCUUUGCUUUCAAUAAAGCAACUUUCUGGCCGGUUACUGA